AUUAGAAUUCGUGUUCUUUAACAACACAGCUUCUGGCUGGGAUUCUGAGUGAUAUUUCCCUCAAAGUUCUGAUCUUUUUUUGUUUCCCAAGAAACCCAUUAAUGGCAGAAGCUGUGAUCUCUGCUAUUCUUGAAGUGCUGUUUGAGAAGAUAGCUUCUCGGGUUCUAAAGCAACAUGGGGGGCCUCUGGGAGCAACAAGGAAGGAGAUGGAGAAGCUGCAGAGUGUCUUAUCCACCAUCCAAGCAGUGCUUCAAGACGCUGAAGAGAGGCAGCUUAGAGAUAAUGCCCUCAAGAAUUGGCUCUUGAAGCUCAAAGAUAUCGUCUAUGAUGCUGAUGAUUUGGUUGAUGAGUACCUAACUGAGCUUCUCAGAAACCAGGUGAAUUCUAUUUCCCAUGAUUGGGAUUUUUGUUGCUGUUUCUUGCAGGCUGCAAACUCUCUGAUUUUCAACACUAAUUUACUUUAUGUUUGCUAUAAGAUGAAACUCAAUCUCAAGGAAAUUGGGGAUAGGUUAGAAUUGGUAGCUAAUGAGAGGUUGAAAUUCCAUUUGAGAGAUCACAAUCCAGUGUAUAAGAGUGAGGGCUUUAAGAGGCUAGAAUCAGACUCUUAUUUACUCGAAUCUAAGGUUUUCGGUAGAGAUGGAGAUGAGAAAAACAUUGUUAAGCUCCUCCUUACAGAACCCCAGCAGGGGAAAGGGGUUUCUGUGAUUAGCAUUGUGGGGAUAGCGGGAAUUGGGAAGACAACGGUGGCGAAAUUGGCAUACCAUAACCCGGAAGUUGAGAGGUAUUUCGAUAGGAGAAUUUGGGUUUGUGUGACCGAGGGGUUCGAUGUGAAGAGGCUUAUGAAGGCGAUUGUGGAAUCGGAUACGGGUAGUGGGUGUAAUCUUGUGGAGAUGGAGGCAAUUCAGCGUCGGGUGCAGGAGUUGAUCAUAGGGAAGAGGGUUUUGCUAGUACUGGAUGAUGUUUUGGAUGAUGAUGAUCACGAGAAGUACGAGAGGUUGAAGAACUUGAUUCGAAACGGGGUGGAGGGGAGUAAGAUCUUGAUAACUACUCGUUACGAGAAGGUUGCACAGCUGAUGGGAAUAGCCCCCCCGUACCAUCUCGAGGGCCUCUCGGAUGAUGAUUGUUGGUCUUUGUUUCAAGAAAGGGCAUAUAAGAAUAGCAAACAAGGUGAAUCCUCGGGUCUCGAACAAGUAGGGAGACAGAUAGCCAAGAAAUGCCGGGGUGUGCCUUUGGCUGCCAAGGCCCUCGGGAGCUUAAUGUGUGUGAAAAACACGAAAUCACAGUGGCUGUUUGUUCGAGAUUGUGAGAUGUGGAGCCUUAUGGGGGAUGCAAAGGGUAUCCUCCCGGCUCUAAGAUUAGGCUAUGAGCAUUUGCCACCAAAUUUAAAACAAUGUUUUGCAUAUUGCUCUAUCUUUCCCAAGGGCUACCGGAUAAAGAAGCCCAUCCUAAUAAACCUAUGGAUUGCUGAAGGAUUCAUUCCAUCGUCUGAAACUGGUAACGAGUACUUUAACGAGCUGUUGUGGAGGUCGUUCUUUCAAAACGUGACACGAGAUUGUGAGGGGAACAUAGUCGAGUGCCAAAUGCACGAUCUUAUCCACGAUCUUGCCAAGACCGUUGCAGGCAUCGACUGCUUGACUAUCGAGAUUGGGAAGGAGGUUGAUGUUCCCACGGGCACACGCCAUUUAUCACUUCUUUGCAACGAAACGGCUCCUAAAGCUCUUCGUGCCUUGAAGAAUGCUAAGAAACUCCGCUCGUUUCUUCUCCUGAAUGGAUGGCGUAAGCUCAGCAUGGUCACGAAGAGCUUCUUCUUGAGUUUGAAAUCCGUUCGUGCUUUGGAUUUCAGUGGCACUCGCGUUAAGAAAAUCUCCAAAUCCAUUGCUACUUUGCUGCAUUUGCGUUACCUCAACCUCUCACAUACAAUGUUGAAAGCCUUGCCAGAUUCUCUCUGUGGGCUUCUAAAUCUUGAAACGUUAAUACUUAAUCAUUGCAUCCGUCUCGUGGAGCUUCCCGAGGACCUGAGGAACUUGGUUAAUCUUAAACACCUCGAUAUAUACGGUUGUGAGCAAUUAACCAAGCUCCCGCGUGGUAUUGGGAAAAUGAAAUCCCUCCAGACUUUGCCCAUCUACAUAGUUAGGAAAGAAGCUGCAACCGAUAUCUCAGAGUUGCAGAGCCUCGACAUCGGGGGAGAGCUAAUGAUCAAGAGCCUCGAGAAUUUGGCACACGAAACGUGUGCCAAGAAUGCUAACUUGAAAGAAAAGAGGAACCUUCUGUUCCUUCAGCUAGUGUGGGGGCAAGGCGAUGAAAUGAAAACGAGAGAAAAUGUGGAGCGGGUUAUUGAAGCCCUGCAACCGAAUUCCAGCCUGAAGAAGUUACACAUUCAAGGCUAUGCUGGUGUGAAUUUCCCUCGAUGGCUGAUGAGUCCUUAUCUCGUUAACAUCGUGGAGCUCUCGCUAAUCAAGUGCCACAGGUGCAGCCAGCUCCCUCCGCUCGGGAGGUUACCUCUCCUCGAAGCUCUCACGGUCGAUGGAAUGGAUGCUGCAAUGUAUUUCUCUAACAAUGCAGGUGAAGAAGACGGGGCUAUCCAUUUUGCGUCGUUGAAGCAACUUACACUCAAGAAUAUGCCUAAUUUACUCGGGUGGUCAUCGGUCCAGGAAGAUCCCGCUAUGCUUUGUAACCUGAAGAAGCUUACAUGCUGUGCUUGCCCCAAUUUGAACUGCUUGCCUAAUCUUCCAUCCGUCGAUUCUUUAGAACUGCACGGUUUCAGUAGCAAAUUACUAGAAGUAGCUGCAACCAAGAUCGCCACGCUUUCUCAUCUCAUCAUAAGUGAAUGCCCGGAGCUCGAAUACUUACCACAAGGGCUGCUGAGAAACAAUAAGCAUCUCUCCUCUAUCGAAAUUCAAAGCUGCCCAAAGCUUCAAUGGCUUUCGAGUGAGCCAAAGGGGUGUUGUUCUUCUUCUCUCCAAUCACUCAGUAUCAGUAACUGUGGGAAUCUCGGUUCUUUGCUGGAUUCUCGUGGACUACAAUCUCUCAAGUCCUUGUCAAUUCGCGGGUGUCCUAGCCUGUGCCUGGAAACCGAAAUGAUAGGCUUAAGCUCUCUUCAAUUCUUGUCCCUCUCAGAUUGCGAAGAGCUAACAACGUUGCCAGUGGUCGUGCAACGCCUUAAAUCUCUCCAGACGUUACACUUGUGGAGUUGUCCUAAGCUGAAUGCACUGCCUGACUGGAUUGCUGACCUCUCGUCCCUUCGAGAAUUGGAGCUGUGGUACUGUGAAAAUCUACAUUCUUUUCCCGACUCGAUGAAAUCUCUUACACAGCUCCGGUUUUUGUCGAUCUGGGGAUCCCCUUUGUUGGAGGUAAGGUGCAGGAAGGAGGAGGGAGAAGAUUGGUACAAGAUACAACAUGUGCCAUUUAUCAAGAUUAAUGGCCCCUAUAUCCAAGCCAUGACUGCUCAGUGCAGUAUUUUACCUAUCAGGGUGGAAGCAGAUGAGAUCAGACAACACAGUGAGAAGCAUCAGUGUUCGAGCAUCGGGACGCGUCCUGAGUAUUGGUGUGACACUUUCGAGUCGAUGGUGCUGAAGCUGCCCGAAUGCAAUGUAGACGACGACGACUCUUGUGUGUCCUCGAAGCCCUUUGAAGUGAAGAAUGUUACGAACAAUAAGGAUUGUGGAAUCGUGCUGAGAAGGGGGAGACGAAUGAAAGAUUUCCGGAGGGACAUUCUUCCUAACUUGGCAUCUCUUUGAAGACAUGAGAUUUCUGAAUGAAGAUUAUGGAGGCAGUAUACUAAGAUCAAGAGAAUACAAGAAAAUCAUGUCCAGAAUGAAAGGUGGUGAGCAGAAAUGCGUCACACCUG